AUGGCCCUGGGAACGACGAGGUCUGAGCAGUGGCGGCUGGCGGACACCUCCAACGCCGCCCACGUCCACUGGAAGAACGCACGCAACCGCGGCUCCAAUGAAGACGCCGACCCUCCGCCGUACUCUGCCCCAGCUCAGCGUCCCUUUCGCACGCAGCAUGUGAGCGUCUGGGAGGAAUACGACCGUAUAAGGAGACGGGCCGAUUUCCUCGAGUAUUACAGAGUAGCCUCAUUGCCGCGUCCCAUCAAUGGGCAACACGGGUUUAUACUCUGCAACUACAGCCAGAUGGAGCCCGCUCCUACGCUUGAGCUGUCUUCCGCUAGAUGUCGGGGUAUCAGGACUCACGCCUAUCGUAGGAUGCUGCGCGCUAUGAAGAAUCUUAGAGCCGAGUUGGAACAGCGAACCGGGUCAGGGAAGUUCAAUAAGGUCAUGCUAUAUCGCCGCGGAAUCGUAUAUGGCAAUGACCUUCGCGGCCAACCAAUAUCAGCAUGUGAAACAGAUAGCGAUCGUUUACCGCCUUCUGCUCCCGUUUGA